UGGUGACUGGACGUGUGCAGUGCGCGUCAGGCGGUUCCCGGAUGCACCGGACAGAAACAUGGAACGGGUAGUGGUGGAAGUGCCGAUCAACAACGGUUUUUCCCUCGCCGGCCACUCCACGACCCCACGAAAGCGCCAGGUGCGCUUUUCAGCACGCCAUGACAUCAUCCUGCUGCGUGAGGUUAUUGCCCAGAACCCCUUCGCCUCCAAAGAGCCAGGACGGAUCUGGGCCCGUGUGGGGGAGAUCAUCACUGCAGCCCUCCAAGAUGAAAACUUUGAGGUGGAUGCCAGGAGGUGUAGGGAGAGGACCAUGCUGCUGCUGGACUACUACAAGAAACAGGACUUUCCCAGUCUGCGCAGAUUUGGAACGGAGAGAUUGUACGCCCAAAAGGAAGAUCUGCUCCAUGAGGUUUUGGAGCUGGAGGCUGAGAAGGGGCUCCUGGCCAGCGGCGAGAACAUAAAGUACCAGGAUGAUGAACUGAGAAAGCGAGCCAUGGAAGAACUGACUCUACCAGAACAGGACAAACCCAACAUCACCAUCACACAAACACCCAGUGCAGCAGAACCAGAAGACGGUUGUGAGGAAAUGGCAGGGCUUUCAGCAGCGCCCAUGGCCAAGAGGCCCUGCCAGUGCUGCUGCCAGACCUACUCUGAGAUUCUCAGCUUCCUGGAGAAACGCUCGGAGGCGGAGCAACGGCUACGAGAGGAGGAGCUUGCCCUGCGCCGGGAGGAGCUGGAGAUUCAAAGGAGUAAGAUCACUCUGGAGAGGGAACGUCUGGGAGCUGAAAGAAAAGAAAAGGAACGGAGAUUUGAGCUGGAGAGCCAAGAGAGGCAGGUCAUCUUGGACCUGCUCAAAGAAAAGGUGCUGAAAGGCUGAAGAGCUGCAUCACCUGCAUCUAACGCCACCUUCUAAAAGAAGUCUCAGUCUGAAAUACGAGGGGAAAAAACAUAGUUGACCGCUUAAACGUGAAAGGAAACCAAGGAAACAGGAAGUGAAAAGAUCAAUGGUUGUAGGUUGUUACAUGCAGGUCAUUGUAAAUUAAGCAAACAAGAUCAAGGGCAGUAAUGUCGGGGUGUGUCCACAGUUAUGCAGGCAUAAGACAUGAACUGGCAGACAGUGUUUAAAAGCUGCAUUAUGUGCAUAAACCAGCUGCACAUAUCUGACCCAUAUAGAUCCCAGUAGACCCUCCCUGACUUGUUUUCCUCAUGACUUGGUCUACAUGACGAUUUAAAAGCCCUGCAACUGCUGGAGUGUCACCUAAGAGGUGGAAUGCACUUACGGGUGUGGUGCUGUGUCUAAGGUGAAGCGAUUUACCAAGCCAUAACUGGCAGACAGGAUCACCUUGUUUUCAUCAGUACGGUUCACCCCCCUAAGGGACGCAAUUCUUUUCUGGUGCCAGUACGAAAGAAAUCGAUGAACAGCUAAGAAAAGCUCUUUAUUCAAGCAGUUCACAUCAAAGUCAUGGUGCAACUCAAACCUUUCGAAGACUCUGUAGUGUUGCACACUAAUGACUUUAAACAUGCUUUAUUCAGCCACUUCUCUUUCAAUUUGAAGACAUUUUGAUUAAAAUAGAUGUAAAACUAUAUUUUACUGACUGUGAAUCCACUGUACAUUGACUGUUAGGCACUUUUGUACUGCAAACAAUACAAGCCAUUUAGUGGCUGUCCACAUUCUAUCGAUUAUACAGAAACAACUUCUUUUUUUUUACCAAUGUCCUAAGUUUGUUUGUCAUGCUUGUAUAGUUAACUAUUAUUGGUUGCAUAAACAUGGAAUUCAUGACAGCAGCUCUUUUUAUUACAUUUGCUACUGGACUUCUAGAUAUUUUUCAUAAAAAAAAAAAAUGCUAUUUUUGUUCAAGUUUACAUAACAUAGCUUAUGUUGCAUAAAAUGA